GCAGCGGGCGGCAUGUCGGCGCUGAGCUGGACGCGAGGUGCAGCGGCGUUCGGCCGGUCCCUGCACUUCCCUGGGCGCCGUUGCCAUGCUUCGGAGGAAGGGAUCCUCGGGGGCCUCUGCAGCUUACGAAGACGCUCUGCUGCCAGUCCUUGUGAGCAAGUUGUGCAGAAAGAGUGGGGCCAUGCUGAGCUGCUGGAAGUGCUGGAGGCUCGGGUGCGGCAGCUACAGGCAGAGAGCAUGUCUGAAGUGGGGGUGAAGGAGGUGAAGACUGACCAGCCUCCACAGAGCCACAGCAGCCGCUGGGCGAAGAAGCUGGAACGUGAGAAACGUGUGAAGCAGAAGCGCCAGGAGGAAUUUUUUGACUACGAGAAGCAAACCGUUGGCUUUGACAGGGAGCCCGUGAUCUGGAGCGGGAAGCUGGCCAGCUACCUGCCACACAGCAAGAAGGGGUCAGUGCAGGAAAAGCAGCUGGCCCGGACUCUGCAGGCCGCUCUGAAGAAGUUCGGCUCCCACCCUAUAGAACCCAAGGCCUGGAUGAAGACCAAGGUAAUGGAGCCUCAGAUCCUGCUCCUCCAGCAGAAGUUGCUGACUUUCUUCAAGUGUUGUGCCUGCACCGGCCACCUGCCCCUCGCCUACCACGUGCUGGCCUCUCACCACGCCCAUCGAGACAAAAGGCUGCUGCUCACGCUGGACAUGUAUAACGCCGUGAUGCUAGCCUGGGCCCGCAAGGGCUCUUUCAAGGAGGUAGUAUAUGUGUUCCUCAUGAUGAAGGAUGCUGGCUUCUCCCCAGACCUGUGGUCCUAUGCAGCCGCGCUCCAGUGCAUGGGACGCAGGGACCAGGACGUCUGCACCAUCCAGAGGUGUCUGAAGCAGAUGAGGGCAGAAGGCUUCCAGCCCCAGCUGCUCUUCACUGACCUGGUCCUGGAGGAGGAGGAUCGGGCCGCGGUCCUGAGAGCGGUGGUCAGAGCUGAGCCUGCCUUCAGUCCACCGCCGCAGGCCCCAAACCCAGUCAAUACGUCCACGCUGCUCAAGGAGGUGUAUGCCAAGGAGGGCCCUGUGUCCUACCCGAAGCUGCACCUGCCCCUGGACACCCUGCAGGAGCUCUUCCACCAGCAGCUGAAUGUGGAGCUGAGCUCCCACGUCUCUGUCCAGUCGGUGGAGAAGGCCCCAGUAAUGACCAGGGAGGUCAUUGAGGCGCGGAAGACCCUGAAGGCGCUGCGGAGGCAGUGGGAAGUGGAGCUGCUGCGGGUGCUGCAGCAGACCAAGGCCACCACGGCCCACCAGGCGCAUGAAGGCCAGCCCACGCUCUACCCCUUCCUGUGCCUGCUCAGCGAAGGGGAGUAUGUGAGCAUGCUGAUGCAGGUUCUGCAGGCACUGCCAGCGCAGGGCGAGCCCCUCCUCUACCUGGCCCACAACCUGGGCCUUCGGGUGUUAAACCGGUAUUUGGUGAAGCAGAAGCAGGCCACCGACCACCUGCAGAAGCUGCAGCAGCAGUACUCACAGUACCUCCGGCUGCUGGCUUCCGACUCGCAGGUGGCGCCCUGCCUUCCCCGGGUGUACUGGGAAUCACUGGGCCCCCAGGAGGCGGCGCCGCAGCAGCAGCCCUGGUCUCUGGCUGUGCUGCUCCAGCUGGGCAAGCAGCUGGCUGAGUUGUUGGUGCAGGCGGUGCAGAUGCCACGCAGCCUGGUGUCUCCGGAGGGUUCCCACCGCCUCAUCCCCGUGCUCUACCAUGUCUAUUCCUUCCGAAGCUACCGCCAGGUGGGCAUGCUCAAGCCUCACCCAGCCUUCGCUCAGCUGCUGGAGACAGCAGCGGAGCCCACACUGAUCUUCGAGACCACAGAAGUGCCUAUGCUGUGCCCGCCGCGGCCCUGGACAUCGCCACACGCUGGCGCCUACCUGCUGAGCUCCCCCAAACUGAUGCGCACGGUGGAGGGUUCCACGCAGCACCAGCGUCUCCUGGACGGCUGCCCCCCUGCACAGCUGCAUGGUGCCCUGGAUGCGCUCACGCAGCUGGGGAACUGCGCCUGGCGUGUCAACGGGCGCGUGCUGGACUUGGUGCUGCAGAUCUUCAGGGACAAGGGCUGCGCGCGCCUGGGCGUGCCUCCCCCGCGCUCAGAGGCACCACUGCCUACACAGCAGGACCCGCCGCCGUACUCGACGCCUGCGCACAAAGCCGAUCUGCGGAAGGAGCUGGCGCGCUGCCUCAAGACGGCCCGGGAGAUGCACAGCCUACGCAGCGAGGCCCUGUACCGCCUGUCGCUCGCACAGCACCUGCGCCAUCGCAUCUUCUGGCUGCCGCACAACAUGGACUUCCGUGGCCGCACCUACCCCUGCCCGCCGCACUUCAACCACUUGGGCAGUGACCUGGCACGGGCGCUGUUGGAAUUUGCUGAGGGCAAACCAUUGGGUCCAAAAGGCCUGGAGUGGCUCAAGAUCCAUCUGGUCAACCUGACUGGCCUCAAGAAGCGCGAUUCGCUGCGCAUGCGCGUAGCCUUCGCAGAUGAGAUCAUGGAGGAGAUCUUGGACUCUGCAGACAACCCCUUGACGGGCCGAAAGUGGUGGAUGGAAGCUGAUGAGCCCUGGCAGACCCUGGCCUGCUGCAUGGAGGUGGCAAAAGCAGUCCGGUCUCCGGACCCCGCUGCCUACGUCUCCCACCUGCCAGUUCACCAGGAUGGCUCUUGCAACGGCUUGCAGCAUUAUGCGGCACUGGGCCGGGACAGCGCAGGCGCCGCCUCAGUCAACCUAAAGCCCUCGGACAUACCCCAAGACGUGUACAGGGAGGUGGCAGCACAGGUGGAGGAGUUCCGCCAGCAGGACGCCAAGAAGGGCCUGCAGGUGGCCCAGGUGCUGGAGGGCUUCAUCAGCCGCAAGGUGGUGAAGCAGACAGUGAUGACCGUGGUGUAUGGGGUCACGCGCUACGGCGGGCGCAUGCAGAUAGAGAAGCGCCUGCGCGAGCUCAGUGACUUCCCCCAGGAGUUUGUCUGGGAAGCCUCCCACUACCUCGUGCACCAGGUCUUCAAAAGUCUCCAGGAGAUGUUCUCCAGCACGCGGGCCAUUCAGCAAUGGCUCACGGAGAGCGCCAACCUCAUCUCUCACGCGGGCUGGCCCGUGGAGUGGGUCACGCCCCUGGGCAUCCCCAUCAUACAGCCCUAUCACCGGGAGGUCAAGGUCCAGAUAAAAGGCGGCAUCCAGAGCAUCACCUUCACCAGCUCGGUGGACGGCACUCAGAAGCCCAACACUCUGAAGCAGAAGAACGGCUUCCCGCCCAAUUUCAUCCACUCCCUGGACUCCUCCCACAUGAUGCUGACUGCCCUGCACUGCUACAGGAAGGGCCUGACCUUCGUCUCAGUGCACGACUGCUUCUGGACGCACGCCACUGACAUCCCGGUGAUGAAUGAGGUGUGCCGCCAGCAGUUCGUGCGCCUGCACAGCCAGCCCAUCCUGGAGGAUCUUUCUGUGUUCCUGGACGAGCGCUUCUGCUCGGACUCCAGCAUCGCGUCCCUGAAACCCGCGGACCGUACUCUGGUCACCAAGCUGCAGGAGACGCUACAGUCCUUGCCAGAGAAAGGCACCUUCGAUCUGGAACAGGUGAUGCGAUCCACCUACUUCUUCAGCUGACCCUCCCGGUGCUGUCCCUAGACCUGUGCAGAGUGUAAAUAAAUCAGUCUGCGUCCACCCACCAAGCACUCA